UCAUUUCAUCAACAAUAAAUAUUAUGUCUUUUAAUGCAUCACUUUUUCUAAAUUAAUACAUUACUUUGAAGAAUCCGUAGAACUCUUUCUUAAUUAAUUUCAAGUAUUUAAGACCCAACCAGCAAGACAUAUAUCAUAUAUUAAAAUAUAUUUUAUGUGACAUUAAAUUUUGUGACAUAACACCAUUUAUGUCUCUUUUAUGAAUGUGACUCAGCAGUAAAACCUUUACUACCCUUCACCAACAUCAAACAUAUUGUUGAUGCAUGAAUAAAGAAAGACAAAGAUCUUGAGUUUAGUUUGGUUGAUUCUGGAAAUGGGUUCUUGGAUUCAGAUUUUGUCUAUAUACUAUUUGGCAUGGUUCAGUUUUUUUGUUGUGAACACAGUGAGUGAUGAAAGUGGAUAUGAUGAAGAUGUGAAGAAAGGGAAUGUUGUGAUUGAUGGUAGUUCUGUGAUUGGAAAUAUUGAUGAUGAUUUUAUUUGUGCAACUUUGGAUUGGUGGCCUCCUCAGAAAUGUGAUUAUGGUACAUGUAGUUGGGGUCUUGCUUCUCUUCUCAAUCUGGACCUCAACAACAAGAUUUUCUUAAAUGCAGUGAAAGCGUUUUCACCAUUGAAACUAAGAUUAGGUGGCAGUUUGCAAGAUUUACUGGUAUAUGGGACUGAUGAUUACAACAAACCAUGCACUCCUUUUGUUAGAAACGCGUCUGAAAUGUUUGGAUUCUCACAAGGGUGCCUCCCAAUGCCAAGAUGGGACGAACUUAAUCAUUUCUUCCAAAAAGCAGGGGCGAAGAUUAUUUUUGGAUUGAAUGCUCUUUAUGGAAAGUCGGUACAUCGUGGUCAUACAGAAGGACCUUGGAACUACACCAAUGCUGAAUCGUUUAUUCAAUACACUGUUGGAAAGAACUAUGACAUUCAUGGAUGGGAACUUGGUAAUGAAUUGAGUGGGGGUGGAGUUGGAACAAGUGUCUCUGUAGAUCAAUAUGCUUAUGAUGUUAUUGCUUUAAGAGACGUAGUUUACAAUGCAUAUAAAGACGUUGAGCCAAAGCCAUUAGUCAUUGCGCCUGGAGGUUUCUUUGAUGCAACGUGGUUUAAGGAUUUUAUAAGCAAAUCUAAUAAGUCUGUGGAUGUGGUCACACACCACAUUUAUAGCCUUGGACCAGGAGUUGAUACGCACCUUGUGGAAAAAAUUCUGAAUCCUUCCUAUCUUGAUAGAGACAAAACUACAUUCAAAGGCCUGAAAAAUGUUCUUGAAAGUACAGGAACCUCAGCAACAGCAUGGGUUGGUGAGUCAGGAGGGGCUUAUAACAGUGGCCAUCAUCUUGUAUCCGAUGCAUUUGUGUAUAGUUUCUGGUAUUUGGAUCAACUCGGUAUGUCUGCUUCUUAUGACACUAAAACUUAUUGCAGACAGAGUUUGAUAGGAGGAAACUAUGGUUUACUCAAUACCACCAAUUUCCUUCCAAAUCCAGACUACUAUAGUGCUCUUCUUUGGCACCGACUCAUGGGAAGAGGUGUACUAUCAACUACCUUCUCAGGAACAAACAAGAUACGAGCUUAUGCGCACUGUGCAAAACAAUCCAAAGGAAUCACAAUACUUUUGAUCAACCUGGACAACAGCACAACCGUUGAAGCGACAUUUAGCGAUGGUAAGAGUUCCUUGCAUAGAAAGAUGCCUUACUAUUCAAGAAUGAUGAAACUACCUCUUCAAAGUUCAAUUGAAAAAUCAAGAGAAGAGUACCAUCUAACUCCACAGGGUGGAAAUAUACAUAGCCAAGUCAUGUUACUGAAUGGAAAUGUUUUAAGCGUAAACUCGGAUGGUGAUAUUCCUCCUUUGAAGCCUCUAUAUGUAAGCUCAUCAAAGCCGAUAAGGAUUGCUCCUUUCUCCAUUGUAUUUUCUCAUAUACCUGAUGCUGUUGUUUCAGCUUGCGGCUAGCGAUGUCGCACUAGGUGAAACCGAAAAUUGGUGUUACUUGGUGAUUAAUAAAAUUCAUAUUGAUUUACAAUUUAUUGUUAAGCUUCCCUGUGGUUAUUAAUUGAAUGCAUUAUGAUGAGAAAAGCAAAUUGAAAGUGACAAAUUCAAUCUAUUGUCUU